AUGGAUAGUUAAAUUUCAAAAAAUAAAAAAAAUAUGAAUUAGAAAAAAAUCAACAAAAAGCUACAAAAAUUUUUAGAUUCUAAACUAAACUCUCACAAAAGUCUUCGCUUUUAUCUUAAGGAAAAUCAAAUCAGCGAUAAAGGGGCUUCAGGAUUAGGUGCUUAUUUAGGUAACUGCCAAAGCGUUUAAGCAUUAAAUCUUAAUAUGAGGCAUAAUCUCAUUAAUGUUUAGAAAUUUUCAGACUUAUGUGUUGCUUUUACAAAAUGCCAAAAACUAGAAAAAUUAAUUCUUAGCCUGAAACAUAAUAAUUUAGGUGAUUAAGGAGGAUUAGAAUUAGGUUGUGCUUUAGCAGACUUCUAAAAUCUUUCUUCUUUAUCUCUAAAGUUUGGGUAUUUAGAUAAAAUGAAUGUUCGAGUAUACAAAUCAGAUUUUGAUAAUCCUCAAAAAAAUGAACAAAAUAGUUCUUCUACAUUCAAUCUUUAAAAUAAUUAGCUUGGAUAAAAGGAUCUAAUUAAAUUAUUUUAAGGACUAACCCUAUGCAAAAAUCUAUCUAAUCUAAAGCUUGAGCUUAUGGAAAAUUAAAUAAGUAAUGAAGGAGUUUUAGGCUUAGUUUCACUUUUAUCAAGCAUGAAAAAUCUGUCAUUUUUAUCUCUUAACCUAGGGUUCAACACGAGUAAAUUAUAUUACUAAGAUGAAGAAUGCAUUCUAAAUUAAAUUCUGGCUAAAUGUGCUGAGAUCUAAUAAUUAAAACUCAAACUUGAAUAUAACUAAAUCAGCUCUUCAGAUGUCAUAGGCUUAGGCAAUACCUUCUAAAAAUGUAGCAAUCUUUCAGUUUUAGCACUUGACAUGAGGGAAAAUAAAAUGAGUAAAGAAGGAAUGCUUAGAUUUUUUUCAACUUUAACAAAAUGUAAAAACCUUAAAAAAUUAACACUUAUGCUUGGGUUUCUUGGAAUCGAUGAUCAGGACAUACAAGCUUUGUGCCCUACUUUAGAAAAUUUAAAUAAGAUUUAAACUUUGAUUCUAGAUUUCUAAUGGAAUAAGAUUGGUAAUUAAGGUACCUUUUUGUUAAGUUCUACUUUAGCUAAAUGUGCUAAGCUCUAAAAUUUAACUGUGAUUCUUAGAUAUAAUAGUAUUAAAAAUGAUGUCAUAUCUAAUUUUUUUAGUAACCUAUCUGAGUUAAAAUAUCUCAAUUUUUUCAAGAUUGAAGGCUUUUAUAGUUUUCGUCCAAUCUUUUUAAAGAGGAAGUUAAUGAGGCUAUUGAAGAUUAUUAUUAACUGA